CGCCGCCCCAAGUAUCGCGAGAACCAGAGGAAGUGCGAGAAGAACGGGUCCAGGCAAGGCAUAGCAAUAUUCAUAUUUAGCAACAACAACAACCUUUACGAAGAAUGGUUAUUCCGUUAUGUAGACGGACAGAAAAAUGAAACGUGCGCCACCACAAAGACGCGGAUGAAAACACAGGACUGUGAUAUACAGGAUGUGGCCUCGUUUCUCCGGAUGUCUGACCGACGGUGAAGAAGGGGCAGACCUUGUGAAUCCCAAACAUCGUACCUCCUCUACCCAUCCAGCUACUGGCUGUCUGGAGCCCGUAUCUUCUUGUUGAAACGACAAAGUAUUUUAAUUCACAAAAUAAUGUAGCAAAGAAAGCUUAUCCCUGGAGCUAUCUGACCUCUUCUACCCCCAUCUUACAUGGGCCCGGGACAUUUUAGGUCUUCAUUUUAGAUGGGGCUGAGCAGGACACUUCAGUCCACACCCAUUAGUAAAUCACCAGACCAAUGUGCCGUGUUUGCCCCCAUCAGUUACCCCAGCUGUGCAGCCCCUUCAGCUCUGCGUCGUAUGUUUGAAGUGAUUUGAUCGACCAAUCACAAUGAACGGUUCUCUUUUAACCCCGCCCAGCCCGCGGGCGGCCAGCUCCUCUCCGUUACCCCCUCCCCCCCCGUCUCCCUCCCCUCCAUCUCCCUCCUUGCUGCCCCUGUCGUCCCGGCCCCCCCCCCCUCCCGCCUGGUGACCCCCCCCCCAGGCUCACCCCUCCUCCCUGUCCGACACCCCCACUCCGUCCCCCUCGCCUUGCCUGAGCUGGACCGAAUUCUGCGAGCUCCACGCCCGCGUCGCGGCCGGUGACUUCGCGCGCCACUUCCGGGCGUUCCUCCUGGAGAACCCCCACUACCCCCCCGACUCGGCCGCCACCUUCUGCCGCCGCUUCACCGACCGGUUCGUCCGCCACUUCCAGAGCGAGCUGGAGGGGGCGCCGCCGCCGCCGCGAGCCUCCGAGAGGGACGACAUGGCGAGCUGGGCUCCCCAGUCGGACGGCACUUCCCUGGAAGAGGAAGCCGUCUCGCCCCUGUCUGUGUCCGGGGGCCGUCCUCCCGUGCCGCCGGCGCCGGCUCGGCUGGUGCUGGAGAACCGCGGCGGGGACCGGUUCCAAGACCCGUACGCCCACGGCCAAGUCCUGCCUCCGUCUUCGUCGUCGUCGUGCUGCUCGUCGGUGGGGGGCAACAACGGGAGGCGAGAGGAGAGGGGGGGGCUGUUCUCCCCAGGGGGGAACGGGGAGGCGCCGGUGGAGGAGGAGGAGGAGGACAGCUGGCUGGGCGUGGCGUCGGUGGAGGAAGACGUGGAGCCGGAGGAGCGGGAGGCGGAGUGUGCCGAGGCGGAGUGUGCCGACCCCUCCUACGCUCAUCACCUCCCUCCUCCCUCGGCGUCCCCCCCGCCCGGCGCCAAAGGUAACGGCGCGCCCGGCUCCAAAAACAAACUGAAGAAGCGCUUCUCUCUGCGCAGCGUGGGGCGGAGCGUGCGGGGGAGCGUGCGCGGCAUCCUGCACUGGCGGAGCUCUUCCGGCGACUCGGCGCCGAGCCCGCUGCCGUCCAGCUACAGCUACACCGGGGGGGCGCAGGAGGCCCAGGGCUGCAAGAGGAGCUCGGGCACCCAGCCCCCCACGCCCACCUCCUCCUCCAUGCCCGUGUCUCUGUCCAUGCCCUUGUCCCUCCCCCACUCCUCCUCCCUGCCCCCCUCCUCGUCCAGCAGCGUCACGUCUCUGUCGCUGUGCGACGCCGCGAGGGAUCGGCGCCGCAGCAACGGCGAGGGAGGCGAGAAGGAGAAGUGGAGCCAUCGCCUGGAGAAGCUCCGACUGUCACGAUCUCCUCCUCCGGUCCUCACCCCGACCUCCGCCCCCCCCCCAUCCUCCUCCUCCUCCUCUUCCUCCACGCUGCCGCCGAGCAGCGCCGCCGCGGCGGGCGCCAUGGGCCCCCCCAGGAGGGUGGGCCGGCUGGUGCGGGAGGGAGGAGUCAGCGUCAGCUCGUCCAGCGAUGAGUUACUGAGCCACGGCUUCUCUGGCUUCUCGUUCGGUCUGCUGCAUCACGGCACGGACACCGACGGAGCCGCCGGCAGCACCGCGGCGUCUCCUGGCGCGGCUCACGGCGGCGGCGGCGUGCCGCUGCUGAUCAGCGGCGCCAACGUGCCCUGGAGGGGGGGCCGCUGGCAGAAGUGUCGCCUGGUCCUCAAAGAGAGGGACCGGGAAGGCAGCGAGCGGGGAGAGGAGUACUACUUGGAGUUCUUCAUUCCACCUAAAUCCUCAAAGCCCCGGCUGACUGUCCCUUGCUGCUCUAUCGUGGACGUGAGGAGCACCACGGCUCUGGAGGUCCCCGACAAGGAGAACACCUUCCUGCUGCAGCUGGAGGGGGGGGCCCAGUACGUGAUCGAGACUCGUGAUGCUGUUCAGAUGAGAGCCUGGCUCAGUGACAUCAGGAACGGCAUCUGUCUCAGUGAACAGGAAGAUGCUGAAGGUGUAUGUAUGGGGCCCUUGGACAUCAGCGGGACACCUGAGAUCGUGGACCGUCUGUCCCAAGUGUGUUACGGAGGUAUCGGAGGAUCCUCUCCUCUGAUGGAUCCUCUCCCACCGGAGCUGCCCCCUCGAGCCCCUCUCGAUGAACCAGACAGCCGGGUCCUCUGUGGAGGCGGGGCGAGCCUGGGCACACCUUUCGCUGAGACGCCAGAUGCCACAGGGUCCUUCCUGUUCUCGGAGGUGACCCCGGCCGAGGCUGUGGAGCAUCCGCUCAGCGAGUGCCAGUGGUUCCACGGGACCCUGUCCCGUCUCAAAGCUGCCCAGCUGGUGUUGGCUGGAGGCCCGGCCAGCCACGGCGUCUUCCUGGUUCGCCAGAGCGAGACGCGGCGCGGCGAGUACGUCCUCACCUUCAACUUCCAGGGCAAGGCCAAGCACCUGCGUCUGUCCCUGAACGAGGACGGGCAGUGCCGAGUGCAGCACCUUUGGUUCCAGUCCAUCUUCGAUAUGUUGGAGCACUUCCGGGUGCACCCGAUCCCGCUGGAGUCGGGCGGUGCCUCAGACGUCACGCUCAUCAGCUUCGUGGGCGCCACGGCUCUCCGGCAGCCAGACUUGACCAGCAGACCCCGUAGCCCCCCCCAGCCUCCUCCACUGCCCCCGGGCCGGCCCCCACCUCCCACCCCUCCCCUGGAGAGAGGAGACGACUCAGAGGCAGCAGGAGGAGCAGCAGGAGCACCAGGAGCAGCAGGAGCACCAGGAGCAGCAGCAGCAGGAGGAGGAGGAGCAGGAGGAGAGGCUGUGGCUACCAUGGCGACGCCACCAACAGGAGGAGGAGGAGGAGGAGGAGGAGGAGAGGAAGACUGGGAGGAGAGGGACAGGGACACUACUCUCCGCCAACUAGACGCUGUGGAGGGAGAAGAGAGGGAGGGAGCUAGGCCGCCCCGAGCCAUCGACAACCAGUACUCCUUCUUCUGAUGGAGGGAGGAGAGGGAGGAGUGUGUGUGUGUGUGUGUGUGUGUGUGUGUGUGUGUGUGUGUGUGUGUGUGUGUGUGAGAGGACGAACGAAUGUGAGAUUGGAUGAGGCAUCAUAGCCAUUCAUAACCAGUAAUUUUAUUUUGUUAGCAAGGUGGAGGAGGAGGAAAAGGAGGAGGUGAUAAAGUACUAACACUAAAGGAGAGAGAGAGAGAGAGAGAGAGAGAGAGAGAAGACGAGUGGUGAGAGCAGCUUUACAACACCAGCUAGCGGUACAUUUCUUUAAUUCUUAGGUAGUCGGAUGAGCUUUUGUUUUAGUGUUGCCGGUACGAGUCCCAGCCGGCUCGCUCUCUCCUCUCGGCGACCGGUCCUGAUACCUCACCGUGGUCGGUCCUGCCGAUCGGCCAAACCCAAAGCCCCAAAGCUUUACAACCUCGCUGGUACGGAGACCCCGUCACAGCUCGCUCCAUCUAAACGCCCCUACGUCUCUACACAGGCUGCUCCAUGUCAGGACCCCCACGGGGGUGAAUAUCGCGCCGAUAAUAACCCGGUAUUAAAGGAACACGCCAACUUAUUGGGACUUUAUCUUAUUCACUGUAACCCCCAGAG